AUGCUCCUGGCUAAACACCAGCUCAACACAGCUAAGCACAUGCUGGAUGUGGCGGCCAAAACACUGACUUUGGCAGUUACCCUUAAGCAUCAUGCCUGGUUGCGUUCCACAGCCUUGUCACAAGAUACUAGAACUCUCAUUGAGGAUCUUCCAUUCGAAAGCGAGGGCCUUUUCAGUUCCACGACUGAUACUGUCUUGCAAGAUCUAGACAAAAGCAUUAAGACAUCUCGUAAUUUAGGGAUCACAUGCUCAGAAUGUGGAGACUCUAACUGCACCUGGGAUGCCAGGGAACAAAUAUGUGUCUCCUCUGAUGUGACUUGCAAACCAAAGAUUCCUUGUGCUGGUCUUAUCAGUGCUUUGGAUGACAAAUAUUCCGCACAAAUAUUACAGCCCAUGAAUUUUACUUUGAUUGAACCCACAUGGAUAUCAACAUUAGGCAAAAGUGAAGUACUGGUCAGAGGACAAAAUUUUACAGCAUCAAAUAUUUUGAUGGAGAUAAGGGGAACUAGUAGCUGCAAACCAGAUAUCAUACCUGUCACUGAAGUGCUAAAUGACACACUUAUGAAAUUCUGUUUACCGCCAAGUCGCAAAGAAGCCAAGAGUAUAUGCAUAAAGGCAGAUGGGUUUAAAUGUUCAGCUCCUAUGCCACUAUACUAUGUAUCUCUCCCAGCAUGUUCUAGGAUCUUUCCAGAUAACUCCUGGUUAAGUGGAGGUCGCAGUAUAACCAUACAUGGAAAAAAUCUAAACGUGACAGAUAGGGUGAUUAUUUCAGAUAAACACAACCAAACUUUGCAUAAUUUUUUAUGUUCCUUAGAUAGUACAUGCCAUUUUCAGUCUCCAGAGUUUGCAUCUAAGGAAGAGACUAAGUUUACCUAUCUUAAACUAGAAAUAGAGAAGGAACGUAGAGAUUGCAAGCCUUUGCAGUAUUAUCCUGAUCCUAAAUUUAUUCACUACGAACUCACAACAGAUAUGGAACCUGAGCUGGAGUUAAAAAUACAUAAAGAAAAUGAUAAGUUAAAUAUUUCAGUAAAUGAGAUUGAUGUUGUUUUGAAUUAUGACAAUGUUGAGAAUAUAACUUUCACUGUCCAAAAUAUUACUACAACUGAAAGUCGUAGCACUAUACACAGCAGAGCCAAAUGGGUAAAGAAUUCAACCGAUGGAAAGUUUGGUAUGUCCAGGGUGAAAGUUUGGACCCGCUUAAGCAUGUGUGAUUAUGACUCUUUUGAAGGAAGCAGUCUUGAAAUCCUUUCUGAAGAAACCUUACUAGACCUGGAUGAUUUUAACAACCAUAAACUGACCACAGAUACCUUAUUUUUGGUCAUGGUGCUUGGGCAUGCUGUACUUGCACCACUCCCAAUGUUGCUGGAUGAGAUGGAUUAUCUAGUUCAGAUUUCCGACUCACCUUCAGUGAAAGUAGGAAACCGUGAGCAUAUAGUUCCAAAUGAAUCACCCAACUAUUCAUUUCUGUUCAUUCUCUUGUUCAUCCCUGUAGUGAUUGGGGUUGCAGUCUUUGUCACUCAAAGAAAAUCCAAGCAAUUAAACCGCAAACUGAGUGAACACCUGGAACUACUGGAAUGUGAACUUCGCAAAGAGAUACGUGACGGAUUUGCUGAACUACAGAUGGAAAAAUUGGAUGUGGUUGAUAGUUUUGAAACAAUCCCCUUCCUUGACUAUACACACUUUGUUCUCAGAACUUUUUUCCCAGAGUCUGAAAACUUGGCAUCUCUCUUCAUUGAAGACACUAAUCAACCACUUAGCAGAAAUCCACAUUGUAAGGAUGCAGGUAUUACAGCCUUGUUUGGAUUAAUGUGUAACAAGAAUUUUCUUGUUACUCUGAUCCACACUCUUGAAAAGCAGAAAACCUUCUCUGUGAAAGACAGGUGCCGGUUUGCAUCUUUUUUGACAAUUGCAUUGCAAACAAACCUAGUCUACUUAACCCAUAUUCUAGAAGUUUUGAUGAGGGACUUAAUGGAACAGUCUAGCAAUAUACAACCAAAGCUUAUGCUAAGGCGUACGGAAUCGGUAGUGGAAAAGCUGCUGACAAAUUGGAUGUCUGUUUGCCUGUCAGCUUUCCUUCGGGAAACUGUUGGAGAACCAUUCUAUUUGCUUGUAACAACACUCAAUCAAAGGAUAAUUAAAGGUCCUGUAGAUGUAAUAACAUGCAAGGCGUUGUACACACUGAAUGAAGACUGGUUGCUAUGGCAAGCAACUGAAUUCAGCACAGUGGCAUUAAAUGUUGUCUUUGGAAACCCCCUGGAGAGUGAAGGUGAAGGCACCACUCAGAAUAUCCAGGUUGAUGUACUGGAUUGUGACACAAUAGGACAGGCUAAAGAGAAGAUCCUGCACACCUUUCAAAACAAAAAUGGAUCUCUUUAUGGUCUCCAGCUCAACGAAAUGGGCCUUGUCCUUCAUUCAGAUACACAAGCAAGAGAACUUCUAGAUUUAGAUGCUUCCUCUGUAAUUCUGGAAAAUGGAAUUACCAAAUUGAACACCAUAGGCCAUUAUGAGAUUGUAGAUGGCACAGCUGUUAAGGUCUUUAAGAGGACAAGUCUGUUACCAGAUGUGGAAUACUCCUGUGAAGAUUAUUGCCAUCUGAUAUUACCAAAUUCUGAAGCUGCCAAAGAUGCGCACAGUGCAAAGCAUAAAGGAAAACAAAAGUUUAAAGUGAAGGAAAUGUAUCUCACCAAACUCCUAUCUACCAAGGUUACAAUUCACUCAGUUGUUGAAAAGCUCUUUAGGAGCAUUUGGACUUUGCCCAACAAUAAACCCCCAGUUGCUGUCAAAUAUUUUUUUGAUUUUUUGGAUGUUCAGGCUGAAAAUAAAAAAAUUACAGAUCCUGAUGUGGUUCAUAUAUGGAAAACCAACAGUCUUCCUCUUCGCUUUUGGGUGAAUAUACUGAAGAAUCCCCAGUUUGUCUUUGACAUGAAGAAAACUCCACAUAUUGAUGGUUGUUUAUCAGUCAUUGCUCAAGCAUUCAUGGAUGCCUUUUCUCUGUCAGAGCAGCAACUAGGAAAGGAAGCACCAACAAACAAACUUCUUUAUGCUAAGGAUAUUCCACUUUAUAAAGAGGAGGUUAAAACUUUCUAUAAAGCAAUAAGGGAGUUGCCUUCAUUGUCCACUUCAGAGCUAGAAGAAUUUUUAACUCAGGAAUCGAAGAAGCAUGAAAAUGAAUUUAAAGAAGAUGCGGCAUUGACUGAGAUUUACAGAUACAUAGCAAAAUAUUUUGAUGAAAUACUGAAUAAAUUGGAGAAAGAACAAGGACUGGAAGAAGCACGGAAUCAGCUCCUGAAUAUAAGAGCUUUGGCUGAUGAAAAGAAAAAAUGCAGAUGGGAAGUAGAUGAGCUUAAUGAUCCAUGA